AUGGCAUCCACCAGCCGCUUCCCGCAAUCGCUUCAGCGCGCUUUGCAGGAGAAUACCACGUUCUCGCGAAGGACCGUCAUCGAGUACACAAAUCGGCAAUUACAAAGUGCGAAGCUAAAAAGAGAUAUGUUGCAUAUCCGCAAUGAUCGUCGUCAGAGAGAUGCGUACCAGCGACGCCACAUCCAGAAACACCCCGACAUGGACGUUGAUAUGGACAGGCGCGUCAUAGUGCCUCGUCAGUCAGCGCCCUCUCCGCGAUAUGGACCUGGAACAAGCUGGAGACAGGCCAGAGAAGCCCUGAAGCGCAAUGGAGCACUGAGCCGCUGCAUCAACCAGCGCAACCAGGAGGUUCAUGAUUCUCUAUGCUCAAUGAGUGGUCAGAUCAACACCACUCUUGCAAGCCUCAAGGGGUCGCAAUACGACUCCUCCCAGUUUCAGCAGAUUGCAGCGCACCUCAUACAACAGCUGAACGCCGCAAUCCCGGGUAUAAAACAUAUCCAAGCCAAGUGCGACAUCCCGGGCGUUCCCAAACGCCUUCGUCUCGACCUCGGCUGGGACUGGAGCGCCUUUGAAUGGGUACAUACGUACCUCUACGAGAGAGCAGAGCGCGGCGACCUCCCCGAUGAAUGGUACACGCUCCUCGAUAACCUCGAAGAGUUCGCGGAGUCUAUCCGAUUCCCAUUGAAAGAGACGCGCCGGCCAGCCAAGGGUAGCAUACUGCACAAGAUGUCGCAGACAUAUGCUGAUCUCAUUGCGGAGAACGGUGACCCUAUGGACGAAAGCGACUAUACGACCUGCGGCCCUGUGGAGUUUACCUCCUCUUUCAGCCAGUCCUCCUCAACCCAGGCAUCAGGCUUUGGUUCGUCUCUCGGGGCAUUGAGCUCCAGCACCAAUACCUCCUUGUCGGAAAGCUCUUGGUCCGCCCCGCAAGGAUUCAACGGCAAUAUGACCGGCAUCAUAGCGUCUCCGGUCGCCAGCACUGCGAGCUUGACGAACUUUGCGCCAGGCUUACAGAGUUCGUCCACCGGCCUUACUAAAACUGCUGUCCCCGUCCUCGGCCCAGUUGCUGGCUUCAAGCCUAUGCAAGCAGCACCAGCGCCCAGCAACAAUGCCGCGCAGCCAACUACCACUGCACGAGCAGAAGCACCAGUAACUGUAUCGGCGCCUGCAGUAGCACCGACACCAGCGCCAGUACCAACACCUCCAGUGGUACCAACACCCGUAGCGAAACCAGCACUUGCAGCGGCACCUGCAAUCGCAGCGAUACUAGCACUCGCAGCGGGAGCAGCGCCCUCAGCGGUACCUGCACCUGCACCUGCACCUGCAGUAGCGCCAGCGCCAGCACCCGCACCCGCAGCGGUACCGACACCUGCAGCGGCACAGGCACCAGCAAAUCAUGCUAAAACGCAAGCUGAUCAUGCCACUGGCAAGAUCAAUCCCACUUCGAUCACCAGCCUCGCUCAGCUCGGCGCCACUCUGAAUGACGCCACCUACACCAAACAACUUUCCGACGAGGCCGUCAUCCUCAAGGACCGGCUGGCAAAUAUCGACACCAUUGCCCCUCAGCACACAGCCCUUCUCCUCCACUCAUGCCAGUACAUCCUCGCCAACAAGGACAAGCCGUGGUUCAAGCACAAGGAGGUGGAAGCACAGGUCGAUGAGUGGUGGAACCGCGGAGUAACCGGGGGCAUGUCUACGCUGUGGAAAUACCUCAAAGUUCAGACCAUGGCUCCGGGUAACGAGGCGCAGAAGUUGCAGAGUGCGCUCUUCGAGGUGUACAGGACAUUCACUUCGCCAGGACCGCGUCAGGCGAGGCCGCUGCGCGCGAGGAAGGCGCAGCCUGGAGCAAGUUCUGCGGGCUGA